AUGGAUAUCAGCCACGUUUCCGUGGCCUUCAAACGCGAGAAGGAUUUGUUGCCGGUGAAAGCACUGACUCCGUCGGUUCACGAGCAAGCCGACGGCGUGAUUCUCGCGGCAUGCGCAACCGGCACGUCCAGUCGGGACUCGUUACUCUCUUGGAUUCGUCUCCUGCAACGAACGAACCCCCGCCUCGGGGAAGUUCCCGUGGUGUUCAAGUCUCGUUCGCCGGUCGGUGCUGUGAUUGCUAUGGAUGAUCCCGAGGGUCGUAAGCGGUUAGAAGAUGGCAAAGAAGGAGAGGAAGAAGACGAUCGGCCGAGGAUCAAUGCCGUGAAUUUCAACCCAGCUUUCACGCCUUCGUCGUGACCGGAUGUCUUGUCGAGUGGAUCCGGGUAGUUUGAAAAACUUGUGCCGGAAUGGGUUUUUUUGAUGUCGAGGCAAUAGAUUUUUCUCUUCCCUCGAUGCGUGCUUUUCAUGAAUUAAUGAAAUAUUGACCCGCUGUAAUUUUUUAGCGUCAUCAUUCAUCUCCGAGCUUCUGUCCCGCUUUUUUUUUCGUUCGUGGAAUCAGUGAAGCUACUGAAAAUCGUUUUAUUUUCGCAAACGUGGAUAGUUCACAAACAGAGCGUCAUACUGUAAUCGGUUCAAAAGCUCCGAGAGGCAUUUUCUUGAAUUUUUUCAACAUUUGUUUCCCACUUUUGCCAUUUAUAUUAUAUAAUUUGAAUGAGACGAAAAUAUCAUCGUGGAACUUAACUUUUAAGUGGGCUUAUAUUUAGAUGUUUACCUCCGUGCAGUUAAAAAAAAAAGUAUUCUGGUACCUGAAAACUGUGACCAAAUUUUCUUCGAACAUUUUCCCGUGUCCCUGGGAUCAAAAUAAAUUUAAGAUCUAAUUAAGAAAAGCGGUGGUAGCGGUAGAAUGCAACCGAAAACUGUCUUCUAAUUAAGGCGUUUUCUGGAUUUUACUGCUUCGAAGACAGGCUAUUGUUCAUGCACAACUUCCUGAGUGUUCCAUAAGUUUUGUCGCUUUCCUGUACUUGUGGUACGUAGUAGUUCACCAUUUUUUUUUCGAGUGCUCGGGUUUUAUAUUUAUGCAUUCAAAUUGAGAUGGAGCCACGUUUUUGCCGCCGUCUCUUUUUGCUACUUUUCGUCUAGGAUUCUUCGUAAUGUUUUUAUUGGCGUGGUCGAGUGUAUGUUAUGCUGAGGGGAGAUGAUGCAAGUCGUCGCACCUCCGGCUUCGAAUAAGGACUGGCUGGGGCCAGCAGCGGCUUCGUGACGCGAUUCUUGAUUCAGCCUAUUGAUGUUCUCAAGAUCCGGUUUCAGCGGCGACAAUACGACGAUCUUGUCGACUGCGUACGAAAAAUGGUCGAAUGAAAGGGAUUCAAAGGAUUGUACAAAGGCUACGUUGCAAGUUCUUGGAAGGCGUCAGUGGGAUCUGAACUCAUGUUUUUCUCCUGCGCGUAUAUCUGCAACAUUUUCCUGGCCCAUCCCUUGAAAGCUUCGAUCGAUUAGUUACACUUCUGCCUCUAAUUACCUCGACAGCACGUGCUUCCUUCAGCGAGCAAAAAUAUUGUAGCGGUGAAUGCUGUGAUACGGAGAAAAAUCCGUAGCGGAGAAUGAAUUUGUUUGCACAUGUAUUGUCGUAAUUUCGGCCGCAUUUCAACAUUCGUUCGUGUUCGUUUUCUUGAGGGUUGUGUUGAAAAAGCUCGUUGAUUUUCGUGCAAUUAGGAUGGAGGAUCCAUGCGUCUGAACUUUCAAAAAUUGUCAAUGCGCUCAUUGAAUUCCUCUCAUUUUUGAAUUUUACAAAAUUUGACUGGUCAAUAA